AUGAUGCAGAAAGGUUCAAGCUUUUCUUUGGAAAGUUCAGUCAGUGGCUAUUUCGAUGAUGAUGGCAGAAUCAGAAGAACAGGGACGUUGAUGAGUGCAAGCGCACAUAUCAUAACAGCGGUGAUAGGAUCAGGAGUGUUGUCAUUGGCAUGGUGUUUUGCGCAGUUGGGUUGGAUUACGGGGACUCUUUUGCUUGCAGUCUUUGCGAUCAUCACUUGGUUCACUUGCCUCUUGCUUACAGACUGCUACAGGUAUCCUGAUCCUGUCAUUGGCACCAGAAACUACAGUUACAUGCAAGCGGUCAAAGUUAAUCUUGGACUAGACCAGACCAAACUAGAUGGAGGGUUUAGUUACAAACUAUGUGGAAUAUCUCAAUAUGGGACUCAAGUUGGUGCAACCAUCGGGUAUACCAUUACUUCGGCCAUUAGUAUGGCUGCGGUUAAAAGAUCAAACUGUUUUCAUAAGCACGGGCACAACAACGGUUGUCACACAUUGAACAAUUCCUAUCUACUGAUCUUUGCAUCUAUAGAGAUUGUUUUGAGCCAAAUCCCGAAGUUUCACAAGCUCACAUUCGUAUCCAUUUUUGCAACCAUCAUGUCUUUCGGUUAUUCUAGCAUUGGCAUUGCUCUCUCAAUUGCCAAAAUCGCAGGAGGCACACACUCGAAAACAAGCCUAACAGGUGUACCAGUUGGUCCAGACAUGUCAGGCAUGGAGAAAAUGUGGAACAUCUUCUCUGCCAUUGGAGAUAUUGCUUUUGCAUAUUCUUUCAGUCUAGUCCUCCUUGAAAUACAGGACACAUUGAAAUCAAGUCCUUCAGAAAUCAAAGUCAUGAAAAAGGCUUCCACCAUUGGAGUUGCAGUAUCCACCUUAUUGUACACCCUAUGUGGAGUACUUGGGUAUGCAGCAUUUGGCAAUGAUGCAUCUGGGAAUUACUUGACAGGAUUCGGUUUCUAUGAACCAUUUUGGCUCAUUGACAUUGGAAACAUGUGUGUUGUUCUUCAUCUUCUUGGAGCAUACCAGGUGCUUAUUCAGCCAUUUUUUGCAUUUGUGGAGGAUUGGAGUCAUAAGAAGUGGCCAGAAAGCAGAUUUAUAGAGAAGGAAUAUUACAUCGGUAGCUACAGUUUGAAUCUGUUCAGGUUAACAUGGAGGACAUUGUAUGUGAUACUAGUAACAAUAGUCGCCAUGAUCUUCCCUUUCUUCAACAGUUUUCUGGGACUUAUUGGUGCUGCAACAUACUGGCCAUUGACUGUGUAUUUUCCAAUAGAAAUGUACAUUUCACAGGCAAAGAUUCAAAGGGGUUCUUUUACUUGGAUAUGGUUGAAGAUAUUGAGCUUGACAUGCUUGAUUGUUGCACUUCUUGCUGCAGCUGGAUCUAUUCGAGGUCUUGCUGUGUCUGUUUCUGAUUUUGAGCUCUUUCAUUCAAUGUCUUAG